UGUGGUGUUGAAGACAGUGCCCGUUUGUCGCAGCUUCGCAACUAUUUUGUUUCGAUCUUCUUUUGUGCAAUAUAUACUUCCACAAAAGACAAUUGAGCAUCAUAUCAACGUAUUUAUAAAAACACAAGUUCAACAAGCAGCAAGACACAGCUAUGGCUCUCUCUUUUUCUUGGAUGCAUCACCUGAGCUGCAACUAGGAUGCGAGGUGUACAUCAUGCUAAAAUUUGCUGCUCAAAUUCGUGUUUACUUACAACAUAGUACUUAUGUGAUCAGCAACAUCCCACUGCAAAACUCGUGAACAGAAUAACUCCAAGCUUUGAUAAGUCAACAUGUACCGAAGCAGAGAUGGUGUGCUGGAGCUUGUCGUGCGUGAACGAACAGUGAAGACAGAGGAAGUAGUAGCAUCAGACCAAUUAUUCAUCAAAACAGAAGAUGAUGUGCCAUCACCGGAUACUGAGGGAACACCGGGUUCUGAGCCAGAGUAUACAUCGUUGCAAUCAUCAGGUCGAUACAUGGGUGCACGGCGAGGUCAAAUCCGAUUCAAAGUGGUUAGUGAAGAGGAUGUAGAAGCAGAAAGAGAAAGACAACGUCAGAAUGACUCUAGAGAUCCAACCACUCCUCGAACUCACUUUGUACGUUAUGCCCGUGUUGGUGAUAAGACUGUCAAACUUUGGGAGUGUGGCUACUGUGGGAAAGAGUUCCGUCAUCAGUACACUCUAACACGUCACCUGCCAACACAUACAGGUGAACGCAACUUUCGAUGUGAAGCCUGUGGAAAAGCAUUCCGUCAGUUGAGUACCUUGUCACAACACCGUGCCAUACAUACAGAUGCCCGGCCAUAUGUUUGUGAGAUGUGUGAGAAGACGUUUAACAGGGUAUCAACACUUAUAUCACACAGGAAAACUCAUUCUGAUUAUAAGCCCCAUCGUUGUCCAACUUGUGGGAAAGGCUUCCACCAAAAAGGCAAUCUCAGAAACCAUGUGUUCACACACACCAAUGAAAGACCAUACAAGUGUGAACUCUGUGGAAAGGGUUUUAAUCAAAUGUCAAAUCUUGUGUGUCAUCGUGCUCACUCACACGGUGAUCGUGCACGUUAUACUUGUUACAUCUGUGACCUAGAAUUUACACGGAAAGGUGCAUUACGUGCUCAUGAAGAAUAUAAACAUGGUGUGCGUUUUCGUGGGCCUCAUCCUCGGGUAUCUGGAAACAGCUCUUCUAGUAACAGUGCAAAUGUUGUUAACACUCAGAGUGACCCAAAAACAGCAGGUGGUGUUCUUAUUGAUCCUAUCAGAACUCGUGCCAUGCAGGUGGCAGAACGGGAGGGUCAGACUCCAUUUGCACUGCUUAAACCAGCAAGAGGUAUCCCUGUUUUAGUUAAGGUGCACCCUGCACCUGGUCCUGGACGACGUCAGAUGUUAGUGCCAGCUACUGCAGAGGAUCUGCGACAGGCAGGCAAAAUAACUGUUGCUCAAGGAGAAGGUGGUGGAGCUCACCGCUCACCUGGUGCAAAAGUUAAAGCUGUGCAAAUAAAGGUUCCUGUUGUUGCUACUGUUGUACAGGUGAUUGCACCAGAUGGCUCUCUGAGGAUUCAAGUUGAACCACCAGCACCAGAGUAUGAUCUCGGUUCUGAUGGUGGCCGAACAUUGGAGACAGCCACGGAUGAUACAGAAACUGAUUCCAUAGAUAGGAAAUUAGAUCAUGACGAUGGAGAGACACAAACUAUACAACAUGUGUCCCACUCCCAUACGCAACCUGAAAGUGAUCAAGUUUGUACUCCGAGAGAUGAAAUUCAGGCAGAAGAAGAAAGAAACGAGCACAUGGAAGCAGAAGCUGAAACGGAACCCAGAUCUAUGGUAGAAGUAGAAAUGAGUGAAGAACCCCAACAGGAUCUCUUGCGUAUGGCACGUGCUGGUGACAUUCAGUUUGUUAAGGAUGCAGGAGAUGGCACAUAUCAAGUGCUCUCGGAGCAGGAAGCUGCCGAAAUAAUCAGACAUCCUUCAGCAGCUGCUGUAGAGGUGCUGGAUGCAGAGGUUGAAGUAGAUCCAUCUGAAGUCGUAACAGAAGAAAUACAGGCUACCACAGAGGCAGCAGAAGGGACAUCUUUAGGAGCUCUAGUGGAAGCUAUAAGAUCUGCAGGCUACUGUGUGCACGAGGAUGGCGAGCGCAUAGUCAUCACUUCAGAAUUAGGGGAUGUUGACGAAGGAGUGAUUGAAGUGGAACCUCAACAAGUGGUCCAUCAGGAAAUUGUUUACCGGGAAGAAGGAGACUGUGAGGUUGCAUCACCCCCAUAUGUUCUGCUUGAGGAGACAGCAGAGGUGGUCACAGAAGUUGCUACUGAGAUAGUAUCAUCUGAUUCUUGAGGUCAGUGUAGCCACCUGCCAGCUGCUCCUCAGCAUUAUGUUCUGCUUGAGGAGACUGGCAGAGUGGUAUCUAGUGCCAUGGAAACAAUCUCAUGAAGCACUCACAUUGAACUCGGCCACACAACUCAGGGAACAAGGUUAAUGUAAUGUGUGGCAUGCAACUUUAACUAUUGUGGCUUUUGACGAGAGUGCACAGUAAUUUAAAAUGAAAUAAUCAAAAUAUUAAUGUACAGAAUUCUAAUUAAUUAAUAAAAAUGUUUUACAGUAACCUCCAGCAGUUGCAGCUUGUUGACAUUUGCUUAAUUUAUUAUUAUUAUUUAUUUUUGAAACAUGCUCAGAUUCGCAGCAGAAAAAAUUAUCCUAAUUAUAUAAUGAUUUUUCCAUGUUGUUGUUCUUGUCUUGGCGGUGUGCUGGAAUAUCCCUUUAUUCCUUAGCACUGCUAAGACAGUAACACCAUUGAAAAAAUUUUAUUUAACUGGUACAAUAAAUGUUUGUCUAUUGUCAAAAUUGCCUGGCAGUUAGGUUUAUGUCUUGAAACUCAUAUUUAAAAAAUAAUUUGAAAAUUAAACAAGAUACAAGUACCAACUAAUUAAGACUGGCAGUGGUUACUGUGAAAACACAUGAUAAUUUUAGUAAAAUUCCACUAUAGAUAAAAACACAUAACAUGGCUAUAAAUUAUUCCCAUUAAUGCAGUAUUGUCAAAUUUGUACGAGUUUGUUUUGUCAUGCACAUCUCUAUUACAUAUUGUUCUCUCAGAUAUUGUUGCUUAACAGAGUGUCUUCUACAAAGGUCUGUUAGUUGUGCCUGUUCCUUUUGUAUAUUAUAUUAAGAAGAGGCGUGGUGAAAGUGUUUUGAACAUCGGAACCUGUGGCAAUCAACAAUCUUAUAAUUACAUACUAUGUAAAUAACAAUGUUGCACUUUCUGAAAUAUUGUAUUAUAUUCCAAUCCUUGAGCAUUUAUAAUCUUGUCAUUUUAUGCCUGGAAUAUAAUUUACAGAUUAUCUGAUAUGGUAAAUUGCUGUUUAACCCUAUAGUAUGAUUUGACAUUAUGAUGUCAUGACUGAGUAUUGUGUACAAUUUUAAAACAUAGCAAGUGUCCACAGUUAACUGUGGAUUCAUAGGUGGAACAACAUACAUUUUUAUUUGAGUGUUAGACUUAAAAUGUAUAAGAUGAACACUUACAUUGUUUUUAUGACUUUUUAUUUCCUUUGAAAACUGAGCACUUUGUUUUAAAACAAGUUAUGUA